GAGGAUGAGAAGGCCUCGUCGACAUCGAUGGCUGACGGUGUCCGUAUUCUUCAUAGCAUACUCUGUGUUCCAAGCCAUCUACAGCCCAUCAAACGCUUCGGAGCCUAUCGACAAGCCUGCUGAAGAUAUACCCAUAGGACCACCCACCAUUAAACCUGAAGUUACUCCGAAACUUGGAACUACUAUUGAUGAGAACUCACUAUCCUCGGCCCCCGAUUCUCCACCAUCGGAGAAGAAGACAGAAGAUGAAGAAAGUCCCCAGGCAGGCGGUAAGAAGACCAUGAAGGGGCUCGAAGAAGAUGACGACCCUGACAAGAAGGACCAAAAGGAUGCCGGUUAUGUUGAGGACAAAGAAACGGAAGAAAUGCGCGAGGAAGAGAGAUCAAACUGGAAAUCAAAUCCCACGGUCAAACCUUUGCGAGUCAACUGCUCGCCACCGGCGAUUGAACAGUUCCCAAAACCACUGAUGGGCCAGUCAGCUCGCAAGCACGGAGGUCUGAUCAUCCACAUCUUGGUAGCUGUGUUCACGUUCAUCGGACUGGCCAUCGUAUGUGACGAAUACUUCGUCUCAAGUCUUGACAGAAUCUGUGAAGAAUUGAAGUUGGCCCCGGACGUGGCGGGCGCUACGUUCAUGGCGGCCGGCAGUUCGGCUCCCGAGCUCGCCACCGUCGUCAUCGGCGUCUUCUGUGCUCAGGACGAUAUCGGAGUAUCGGGUGUAAUCGGGUCAGCAGUGUUCAACAUAAUGUUCGUGAUAUCGGUGUGUGCGCUGUGUGCCGGGACGGUGUCACACCUCAACUGGUGGCCACUCUGCAGAGAUUGCUUCUUCUACGCCAUCUCAAUACUCGUCAUGCUCUGUACUAUUGCCAACUCCAUUGUCUCUUGGCCGGAAGCACUAUUCAUGUUGAUAAUGUAUGGUGUAUACUGUGUCGCGUUACGAUUCAACACUGCACUCGAACGCUGGGCGAUGACGCUCCCACUACCAUUCAAGCUACCCACCAGAGAAGAACAGGCUGCUUUAGUCACCUACAGGAGUGCAGGUGGCCAGCUCCCAGCCCCGGCCGCGGCAGGAGACACUACGUACGCACAGAUGGACGGACAGACCAAGGAGACUCCUCUUCAGGAAUCUCCAGCCUAUAAUCCAGGCGGGGCGUAUGACAACGCAGCUUAUAACGCGGAGCCCGCCCCCGCGUGGGACCCCAACCAGGCCUGGGACCCUAACCGAGCUUGGGACGAUACGAUGCAAACACCAAUCUACAACGCGUACCAGCCCGCGCAACAGACACAGCAACAGUCGCAGGAGCAACAACUUGCAACCACGCAACCGCAACAACCUGACGGACAACAACCAGCGCAACAGCCAGCAGCCCCCGCCUACUACAAGGCCAAGGAGUACAACCCUGAGACCGCCGUGGAUCCUCUCGUCAAACCAAUCGGAGCCAACCACUUCCAACUAGCUUGGUGGUACCUAGUGUUCCCGAUCCACUGGUCGUGUCGCCACACGAUGCCCGACUGCCGCGGACGAUGGUACCCCGUCACCUUCAUCAUCAGCAUGCUGUGGAUCUCCUUCUACUCCUACUUCAUGGUGUGGAUGAUCACUAUUAUUGGCUACACGUUGGGAAUUCCUGACACGGUGAUGGGCUUGACGUUCGUAGCGGCCGGCGUGUCGGUGCCCGACGCACUCUCCUCGCUCGCCGUCAUCAAAGAGGGUUACGGUGACAUGGCGGUGUCAAACGCGGUCGGGUCCAACGUGUUCGACAUAUUGGUGUGUCUCGGGCUGCCGUGGUUCAUACAGACCGCCAUCAUACACCCCGGCUCACACGUCAACGUUUACCAUAAAGGUCUGAUUUACUCGACCCUCUCUCUAUUCUCCACUGUGAUCUUCCUGGUAGUGGCGACCCACGCAAACGGCUGGAAGUUAGAUCGCAAGUACGGCGCUGUACUGAUGGUAUGGUACAUCCUCUUCAUAACUCUAGCCAGUCUCUACGAACUGAACGUCUUCGGAUACUACACGCACCCAGAUUGUGUUUCGACCUAUUAA